AUGUCAAACUUGGGACAAUUUGACUGCGAUUUUUACCAAUCUAAUUAUACUAUUGAUAAUCAGGAGCAGAGUUCUGAAGAUUCUAAUACGUAUGCAUAUGUUUAUGGAUCUAGAAAACCAGCAGUCAGCGAGCAGCCUCCGCCUGCCUUUGUCCCAGCAGAAAUGCUCACGUCAUCAGGUUACGAGGGACAAUAUUUUCAGCCAGCAUCCAACCCGGAUUAUUAUUCACAAUCGUCUUACACUGACCGUUUUGAGGAAGAGCCUCCUUUGCUAGAAGAACUGGGAAUUAAUUUUGAUCACAUAUGGCAAAAAACCUUGACCGUGUUAAACCCGCUGAAGCCAGCAGAUGGCAGCAUUAUGAACGAAACGGACCUCACUGGGCCUAUCCUGUUUUGUAUCGCUCUGGGAGCCACCUUGCUUCUGGCAGGAAAAGUUCAGUUCGGUUAUGUGUAUGGCAUGAGUGCCAUAGGUUGCCUGGGGAUUCACACCUUACUAAACUUGAUGAGCUCUUCCGGGGCAUCUUACGGCUGCGUGGCCAGCGUCCUGGGCUACUGCCUGCUCCCCAUGGUCAUCCUGUCCAGCUGCGCCAUCUUCUUUUCACUGCAGGGCACCUUCGGAACUGUGUUGGCACUGGUCAUUAUUGGCUGGUGUAGUCUCUCAGCUUCCAAAAUCUUCAGUUCAGCCUUGGGCAUGGAGGGACAACAGCUUCUCAUUGCCUACCCUUGUGGCUUACUUUACGGACUUUUUGCCCUCCUAACAGUUUUCUGA